GCUUUCUACCUUCCAACAUAAAGGGAACCAGUCUGAAUCUACUGUGAUGUGGAUUUAAGAUUUUGGUGUGCUUUUCUUUGGACGUAUUAUCUAAUCAACUUUUCCGUUUGCCGCCGGAGACAAGAGAAUCCAUGGCGGCGGCGGCACCUCCACCGAUCAUCAAAGUUGCUGCACUCUGCGGUUCUCUCCGCAAAGGGUCCUACAAUCGCGGCCUGCUUCGUGCAGCGAUGGAGGUAUCGAAGUCAAUUAAUGGUUUGGAGAUAGAGUAUGUGGACAUAUCACCAUUACCAUUUCUGAACACGGAUCUUGAAGUAGAUGGAACCUACCCACCCGUUGUAGAGGCUUUCAGGCAGAAGAUUCUUGCUGCUGAUAGCGUAAUUUUUGCUUCACCUGAGUACAAUUACUCCGUCACAGGACCUCUAAAGAAUGCAAUCGAUUGGGCAUCCAGGCCCCCGAAUGUUUGGGCUGAUAAAGCUGCUGCUAUAGUGAGCACCGGAGGGGGUUUUGGUGGGGGCCGGUCGCAAUAUCAUCUCCGUCAGAUUGGGGUUUACCUUAAUCUUCAUUUCAUCAAUAAGCCAGAGUUCUUUCUGAAUGCAUUCCAACCUCCUCCGAAAUUUGAUACUGAGGGCAACUUGAUUGAUGAUGCAACCAAGGAGAGAUUGAAAGAGAUUCUCUUAUCCUUGUAUACUUUCACUCUGCGUCUCCAAGGUAAGCGUGAUUAGUUUGUUGCUGGCUUUUAUACGCGAGCACUAUGCCGGUCUAUUUUCAUUGAUUGAAUAAAAACCGGGAGAUGAGUUUCCAACAUGGCAAUUCUCUUUGGUCUGGUUGUAAGGUGCACUCAGCAUUUUAGAUGCCUGUUGUUCUGUGACUUGAAAGACUGCCACAAACACGAGCUUCUUGUUGCUUUCAAGAUAUUAAUCAAGUGUAUUCUUCACUGCCAUGUUGUUCUAGCAAGUAUCUAAACUCUAUGACUACUUUUAAAGUUGGAGAACUGUGAUGACAAUAUUCUUGUACAUUGUGGAUUAAUUUCAAUCUGCUGAAAUUUGACAAACCUUUCUUGUACUUA